AUGUCGACCGAAGCUGUUGCCCAGACCCCCAAGGCCCCCAAGGCCAACCCUCCUAAGGAAGGAGGCAAGUCCAAGAAGUCCAAAAAGUCCGACCAGUUCUUGUUGAAGACUCCAAAAGGUACCAAGGAUUGGGCCGAUAAGGACAUGAUCAUCAGAGAGGGCAUUUUCAGCUCGUUGACCCAGCUCUUCAAGAAGCACGGUGGUGUUACUAUCGACACCCCUGUGUUCGAAUUGAGGGAGAUCUUAACUGGAAAGUACGGUGAGGACUCCAAGUUGAUCUACAACUUGGAGGACCAGGGUGGUGAAUUGACCUCGUUGAGAUACGACUUGACGGUGCCUUUCGCCAGAUUCGUGGCUUGCAACAGCAUCAGCUCCAUCAAGAGAUACCACAUCGCCAAGGUCUACAGAAGAGACCAGCCUGCCAUGACCAAGGGAAGAAUGAGAGAGUUCUACCAGUGUGAUUUCGAUAUUGCUGGGAACUACGACACCAUGGUGCCUGACUCGGAGGUCUUGAACAUCUUGUGUGACGGUUUGACCAACUUGGGCAUUAACGACUUCAAGAUCAAGCUCAACCACAGAAAGAUUUUGGAUGGUAUUUUCCAGGCCUGUGGUGUCAAGGAAGAAGACGUGAGAAAGAUCUCAUCUGCCGUGGACAAGUUGGACAAGUCCCCAUGGGAGGUUGUAAAGAAGGAGAUGGUUGUGGAAAAGGGCCAACCGGAAGAAGUUGCCGACAAGAUCGGAGAGUUUGUAAAGUUAAAUGGUUCGAUCAGAGAAGUGUUGGAGCAAUUGAAGAGCAGCGAAGCUUUGAGUACCAACGAGUCUGCUCAGAAGGGUAUUGAAGAGAUGGCCAUUUUGGCUGACUACGUCGAUGCCUUUGAAAUCAACAAGUUCAUCAGUUUCGACUUGUCAUUGGCCAGAGGAUUGGACUACUACACCGGCUUGAUUUACGAGGCCGUGACCGCUGCUUCCGCUCCUCCAAAGAAUGCCAGUGAAUUGAAGGAAAAGGCCACCAAGGAUGCCAAGGACGCUAAGAAGGACGAUGAAGACGCUUCCGAAUACGUCGGUGUUGGUUCCAUUGCUGCUGGUGGUCGUUACGACAACUUGGUGGGUAUGUUCUCCAACGGUAAGUCCAUUCCAUGUGUGGGUAUUUCUUUCGGUGUCGAGAGACUUUUCUCGAUCAUCAAGGCCAGAGUUGCCAAGCAGUUAGAUGCUAUCAGCUCCACCCAAACCCAAGUCUACAUCAUGGCUUUCGGGGGUGGUGAAGGUUGGAACGGUUUCUUGAAGGAGAGAAUGAGUGUCACCAACCAAUUGUGGAAGGCUGGUAUCAACAGUGAGUUUUUGUACAAGAACAAGGCCAAUAUCCGUAAGCAAUUCGAUGCUGCUGAAAAGUCGGGUGCUAGAGUAGCCGUGAUUUUGGGUAAGGAAGAGUUUCCAAAGGGUGAGGUUAGAAUCAAGACCUUGGGCCAAGGUAACGACAGUGACGAAGGUGAGUUGGUUAAGACGGAUGACCUCAUCCAGGCUGUCCAGCAGAAAUUGGCCGACCUCGACAAGGACGGUUUGGAUCAAAUAACCAGAUUGAUCAAGGCUAUAUAA